AUCAUGCAGUUUAAAAAAAAAAAACAUGGCGGCUGAAAGCUUUCAUAACAUUGAUGCCACUGUCAAGUAGCCCGUUCUUGCACGUGCGAAUAAGUGAACAAUUUGGCUUUUUUUAAAAAGGACAUUCUGCACGAUGCCGAAAUACUACGAGGAUAAGGAGGAAGACACCCGAGCCUGCGCCGGCAUCCGAGAGGACUUCAAGGCCUGUCUCCUUGAGCACGACUGCGUGAUGAAGGAGGGGAAGUUGCCCAGUGAGUGUUUGAAGGAAGGCCACUGCAAAGCCCUGCAGACCUCCUUCUUUGAGUGCAAAAGGUCAAUGCUGGACACCCGGUCGAGAUUCCGAGGAAGGAAAGGCUAUUGAGGACCCGUCGUCCGAUGCAGCCGAGUGGACACUGGAUGAGCACGUGUUAAUAAUACUGCAGAGUCGGAUGCUUCACAACCUCAUCUGAAGCACCCCGCUUCAAGAAAGUGGGUCGCGAAGGACGACCGCAUGCGUAAAGAACAAUGUACACAAAAGGACGACCAAACUCGGCAGCAUCGUGUAGUGCUGAAGAACCGUGGAGCUGUCGGCUUUCGCUGUGUGUGUGUGUGUGUGAGAAACUU